AUGUUGAAGCAGCAUCACAAAGUGCAAAGUGGAUUUGCACUCAUUCAGGAAGAUUCCUUGUUACUCCAAAAUCUUGGAUUCACUGCCAUCCCUCUCCAUGGACAGAUGAGUCAGAACAAAUGCCUGGGAUCUCUUAAUAAAUUCAAAGCAAAAACAAGAUCCAUCCUGCUUGCCACUGAUGUUGCAAGUCGAGGUCUAGACAUUCCCCAUGUGGAUGUUGUAGUCAACUUUGACAUUCCCACCCACUCCAAGGAUUACAUCCAUCCAGUGGUUUGGACAGCUCGAGUUGGGUACUCUGGCAAGUCAAUCACCUUUGUCACACAGUAUGAUGUGGAACUCUACCAGCGUAUAGAACACCUAAUUGGGAAGAAACUUCCUGCCUUCCCAACUCAGGAAGAAGAGGUCAUGCUGUUAACAGAGCAUGUGGCAAAAGCCCAGAGAUUUGCACGCACAAAGAUGAGGGAGCAAGGAGACAAAAGGAAAUAUCUGAGAGAGGACAAAGCUGACGAUGAUGAUACAGAAAAUGCUAUGGGUGUACAGAACAAGAUCACUGGAGGGAAGAAGAAGAAAAGGAAGGGCCAGUGGCCCCAUUCAUAA